AUGGCUGAUGAUGGCAUGCUUUUGAAUUUCGCCAUCAACGACUCCGUGAUCAAACCGGAGGCGAAGUUCAAAGGAGGGACAUGGCGGGACCGUCUCUCAGCGAAAAAGCGCUCUCAACACCGUCCCAAGCCUGGUGAUGGUAGCAGCAAGAAUCACGAAUCGAAGAACCCGAACAAGAUUGCGAUUUCUGGCACGAGGCCUGCGAAGCGACAAAGGACCGACUCCGGCGAUUUUGAAGAUGCUGGCGGUCGCGACCGUCGACCCCGAUCCCAGCAGCAACCGUCCCAGCGAGAUCCCCGCCACUUUGUAUCGUCUCUUUUCACCAGCAACCCGGAACCACAAAAUGCCGAAGAGCCUCGAAAUGAAGAGCCCAUCGAGGAAGCGAAACCUACCAAUGCGCCCCUGAUCGAUGGGAUCGAUACGUUUACGAACUUGGGCUUGUCGCCGAGUCUGGCCGCCCAUCUGCUCACCAAGCUCGAACUUAAGGCACCCACAGCGAUCCAGAAAGCCUCGGUCACACAACUACUCAAGGAAGAAAGUGAUGCUUUUAUUCAAGCCGAGACCGGUUCAGGCAAAACCUUGGCCUACCUUCUCCCCCUGGUACAAAGGAUCAUGGCCCUUUCCAAGGCCACCAAGGAGGCUGGCGUCAGUCGUGACAGUGGUUUGUUUGCAAUUGUGCUCGCCCCUACUCGUGAGCUGUGCAAGCAGAUCUCGGUCGUGUUGGAAAACCUUCUCCGCUGUGCCACCUGGCUUGUAGCUGGUACCGUCAUCGGUGGUGAGAAGAAAAAGUCAGAAAAGGCACGCCUGCGUAAAGGUUUGAAUAUCCUCGUGGCCACACCCGGUCGCUUGGUGGAUCACUUGGAUAAUACUCAAGCCCUGGAUGUGAGCAAUGUUCGAUGGCUGGUUUUGGACGAAGGUGAUCGCUUGAUGGAUAUGGGUUUCGAGGAGGAACUACAAGGCAUUGUCCAGAAACUAGACGCGAGACAACGACCGAGCCGUGUGCCCAAUGUGCCGACGAGGAGAACGACAAUUCUGUGCUCUGCGACACUGAAGAUGAAUGUGCAGCGAUUGGGAGAGAUUAGUUUGAAGGAUGCUGUGCAUAUCAAGGCCGACCCCGAGGACGAAGACGAGAAAGCUCGGAAUGCGAACAAGGACGAAGAAGACUCAUUCCGCGUACCCGCUCAGCUGAAGCAGUCAUACGCGAUCGUGGCCGCCAAGUUGCGUCUAGUAUCGUUGACAGCAUAUCUUAAGCGGACCUUCAUUCGCAAGGGCUCUGUGAUGAAAGCUAUUGUUUUUGUCUCUUGUGCAGACGAGGUCGACUUCCUCUUCGAAGUUUUCUCAAGGAAGCACGGUGAAAGAGGACACAAAAAGGAUGAUGAUGGUGACGAUGAGAAUGAGGAUGAAGAGGACGAUGAAGUGAAAAAGGAGAAAGAAAAGGAACGGGCAGAACUAUCACCACACGGUACUAUCGCUCCUGGAUCGGCCUUCUCGAACCCAGCGAACCCAGUCACUCUCCACCGACUCCACGGCUCUCUGCCUCAACAUAUUCGAACAUUCACCCUCAACUCAUUCGCCAACAGCAAAACUGCUUCGGUCAUGGUCUGUACUGAUGUGGCUGCUCGUGGUUUGGACUUGCCCAAUGUCGACUUGGUCAUCGAGUAUGACCCCGCCUUCAGUGCCGACGACCACACACAUCGUAUCGGUCGUACCGCACGUCUAGGACGUGACGGACGAGCUCUGAUUUUCCUCCAGCCCGGCUGCGAAGAGAACUACGUCGAGGUUCUCAAGCGUGGCUAUCGCGACGGUGGCAAGGCUCUCACCCGAACAGAUGCGACUGAGAUCUUGAAGCGCGGCUUCGGUGGAAAUUCCGAAUCCAGCUCGAAGAACUGGGAAGAAAAGGCCACUGAUUGGCAAAUGGAUGUUGAACGUUGGGCUCUGGAGAAUCCAGAAUACCUUGAAAUGGCCCGCCGUGCCUUCCAAUCGCACGUCCGCGCCUAUGCAACUCACAUUGCCGCCGAGCGGAGCAUGUUCAACAUCAAAGAGCUUCAUCUGGGCCAUCUUGCGAAGAGUUUCGCUCUGCGCGACCGGCCUGGAAAGAUCAAUGUUCCCGGUCUUCGUCCUGGAAAGGAAGAGACGAAGAAGGACUUCAAGGCCGGCCGUGGUGCCGCUUUGGGCAAGAGGAAGGCUGGAGAUGAUUCUACAGCGGCCUCUAACAUGGACGAAGCUGCACGUGAGGCUGCUCGCAAGAUGAGGGCCAAGAUGAAGGAGCAUAUGGGUGGUGGUGCCAGUGAAUUUAACCUGGCUUGA